GAUUCCACGCCGCCACUCACGACCACGCCGCGCCUCCGCCUGGAACCCUUUAGCCGAGCGGAGCAAGGAAAGAAAUGGGGAAGGGUACGGGCAGCUUCGGCAAGCGCCGGAACAAGACGCACACGCUCUGCAUCCGCUGCGGCCGCCGCAGCUUCCACCUCCAGAAGAGCACCUGCUCCUCCUGCGGCUACCCCGCCGCCCGCAUCCGCAAGUAUAACUGGAGUGUGAAGGCCAUCAGGCGUAAGACAACUGGUACCGGAAGGAUGAGGUACAUGCGACACGUGCCUCGCCGUUUCAAGAGCAACUUCAGAGAAGGGACUGAGGCUGCCCCAAAGAAGGGUGUUGCUGCUGCCAACUAAGUGUGGUCUUGCUGCCAUCAAGAAGCGCUAGAACUUGAGACUUUUUGAUUGAAUUGUACUUCUGAACUAUUUAGCCCAUAAUACUAUGCUUGAAUUAAUUUCAGACGCCCUGGAGAGGUAUAUGUAUCUUUUUGGUGAGAAUGGUUCAGUA